AUGGUUCUCAUUACUCCACUUCUUGUCCUCCUCUCUUCGGUGGCAUUUUCUUCGGCCUUCCCGGAAGCCAUCACUGUCACGGUCACAGACUGUACUCCACCAAACCCUGACCCGACAUGCCCCCCAGGAUGCAUUCCAGACCCUGGCACAUGCACCGGAGAUGCCUGCCCGUUUACCUGCGACAUCUAUGAUCCGUGGCCAAAUGGCGCUUGCGCUAGCGUCAACGAUCGGGUUACUUGCACCGUUUUCGAUCCUCUCAUCCCUCACGCGCACUCGGGACAAUCUUUCUGCAUGUGCCAGGCGGGCUAUCGCGGCGACGGUCUCGCUAUAGACUCGCCAGAUCAAUUCCGCGUAACUUGGACGAAUGUGCGCGGCGACCAAACACAUCGGGUCUUCGUCAAGCCGGGCACGACCUGCCUCACGCUGUGCAACGAGACGGGUGCGAAUACUUGCAGCGAGGUUCCUGUCAGAGAAAUUCUCUAA